GCGGGGCGAGGAGCGCCGAGCGAUGGCGGCGGCGGAGCCUCCCGCGGCCGAGCCCAACCCGUUCUCCUUCCGCGAGUUCGUGCGGAGCAAAGCCCGGGGCGUCGAGGAGCCCGUCCAACUCAGCCCCCACCCCGCUUCCCCUCCUCGGGCGGCUCUGCCCGGCCCCCUUCUCGGCUCCCUGUCGCUGCCCGGCCCGGCGCCUCCCGCCGAGGCGGAAGAGGACGGAGAUGAUGCGGGGUGGAGCGGCAGUUACCGGCCUGCGGCUGCCGAGCGGGAGCACCGCGCUGUGAGCCGCCGUGAGGGCGGCGGGGCGGGCGCUGCUCCGAGAGAGCGCUGCUACGAGGAGCUGAAAGCAGAGAAUGCCGCGUUGAGGAGGAGGAUCCGUGAGCUGCAGGAGAUCUCUGGAACUCAAGCAGACGUGGUGCGGAAGCUUGAAAGAAAGCUCGAGGAAAACAAAAUUAAAGAAGAGAAGGAAGCUCAGGACUUGGAAGCAAUGGUGCAGCACGUGGAACAGAAUCUCCAGCUGAUGACUAAACGGGCUGUAAAGGCAGAAAACACCGCUACAAAACUGAAACAGGAGAAUGCAUUACUUCAGGUUCAGCUGAAGAAUUACAAGAUGGAGAAUGAAGCUCUGAGGUCGGGGCAGUCAGCAAGCCUGGCUGUGGUGAGACAAAACGCAGACACAGCCUUACAGAACCUUCUGACUGUUAUCACAAACUCUCGAUCUUCAAUAAAGCAGCUGGUCUCUGGAGCAGAAUCACUGCAGCUCGUCGCCGAUCUCCUUAAAUCCAUAGACAGAAUUUCUGAGGUGUCUGAAGAUGGACAAUGAAACCAACCAGGGACUCGGAGC